AUGGGCCGACGCGGACGACAGAGCGCCAAGACGGGCGAUGGCGGGGCCGAGCGCCGGCUCGCCAAGAAGCUCGAAGAGCAGCGCAAGGGCAAGCAGAUGGGAGCCAAGCCCCGUAAGGAUGACCUCGUCUUCCUCGACGACCCGUCCGAGGACGAGCUCGAAGAGGCCAACUCGGAGAGCGACGAAGAAGCCAUGAGCGAGCAGGAGGUCAUGCAGCUGCAUGCGAGCAGCGACGACGACGACGACGAGGAAGAUGACGUCGACGAAGAGCUUCUUGAAGAGCGCGACGAGAUCGAGAGCGACGGCGAAGACUUCACGGAGGAGAAGGAGCGCAUCGCCAAGAUGUCGGGCCAGUGGGGCUCGUCCAAGAAUGCAUUCUACUCGGCCGAUACGGUCGACUACGAAGGCUUCUCGGACCAGGAAGAAGCGGCGCGCGAUGAAGAAAAAGCCGCGCUCGAGCUGCAGCGCAAGCAGGCCGAGAUGAUGGACGAAGACGACUUUGUCGUUGAUGCCAACGACGCGGCCGACGACGACGCCGAUGAAGAGACGCGCGUCGGCGAUGAGCUCGCGGAUAUUCCGCUCUACGGUGAAGAACCCGUCGAGAAGGUGACCAAGGAUUUCUCCAAGAUGACCAAGAAGCAAAAGCUGGCGCUCGUUCAAGAAACGUCGCCGGAGCUGCUCGGCCUCCUUGAAGAGCUCAAGGCGUGCAUGGAAGUGCUUUCGACGUCGAUCGAGCCGGCCCGCGAGAAGCUUACGCAAUGGGCCGAGACCAAGUCGGCGCCCAAGUACGCGGCCGGCCUCGAAUACAUUCAGAUGAAGGAGACUCUUCUGCUCAACUACACGAUGAACAUCAGCUUCUACCUGCAGCUCAAGGCAGCCGGCAAGACUGUCCAGGACCACCCGGUGCUCCAGCACAUCUUGCAGAUGCGCGCCAAGCUGAACGCGCUCGAGGCCGUCGACGAAGGUCUCGAGGGCCAACUCGACGAGCUCCUGACGACCGAGAUCCCUGACCACGAGACAAUCAACGAGGACGACGAGGACGAGGACGAUGGGCUUGGCGAGUACUUCAAGGCCGACGAAGCGCCCGAGGCGGCCGCGCCGAAGAAGAAGGGAUCGAAGAAGACCUCCAAGAAGCGCAAGAUGGAAGAAGACGACCAAGUCGAUGAAGACGCCGAUGCGUUCUACGCGUCGGUCGCCGCGACCAAGACGAAGACCAAGAACCUCAAGGAAGCGUUCUUCUCGCACGAGCCAACGUACUACCCGGAGGCCGACGACGACGAGGACGACGAGGACAAGAAGCGUGGUGCGACGUACCAGAUGAUCAAGAACCGCGGCUUGACGGCGCACAAGAGCAAGGUGAACCGCAACCCGCGUGUGAAGAAGCGUCUCCAGUACGAGAAGGCGCUUGUGCGACGAAAAGGCCAAGUGCGCGAGGUGCGCACGGGCGAGGCCGCGCGCUACGGCGGCGAACUCACGGGUAUCAAGGCCAACAUCACAAGAAGUCGCAAGCUCCGAUCGUAA